CCGUCGUCACGCCCAUCGUUCCUCGUCCUUCCCCGGCAAGCACUCCGACGCCACCCAACUACGCACUCAACACUCGCGCUCCUCCCCGUCGCCGCCGUGAUCAAUCAAGCGCGAAGGUCGCACACGACGCCACUUGGAUCUCUCCCUUUCUCUUCCUCCAGCAAAAGGACGCUGCGGAUUCCAUCCGCCUUCUCUCAUCGCGCGCGUUCAAUCGCGAGCGCUUCGGGAUUCGCCUCUCUCUUUCUGUCUCUCUCUCCGCCUAAUUCCGCUACAGAGGCCGAAGGGUGACGCUGCUAAUAUAUUUAUACGCCAGAGCUUUAGCUUUUUGCAGCAAAGCAGAAGUUUGACCGGAGUUCCAUCUUUGGCUCUUUGGAAGCAGGUUUUGAAAUAGGAGAGGCAGAGGGAGGCAAGGAGCGAGCGAGCUUGCGAGCGAGAAGAUCACUCUGUUUCAUACGUAGCAGUGUAUAUUUAUGCAUGGAAGGUAGGGAGGGUGUUGUGGUGGCAGAGUACGAGGGAGGGGGAGGAAGUGGAAGUGGAAGAGGAGCACAGGAUGCUGUGCAAGGAGGAUGGGAAGUCACGCCGGCGGCGCCACCGGAAGGGGCUGGCUUUACUAUUGAACUGGUUGGAAGCGGAAGUGGCGGCGGCGAAGGCAGCGAGGGAGACCCCGCGGCGGCGAAGAAGAGGGGAAGACCCAGAAAGUACGGCCCCGAAAGCUUGGCUUUGGUGCCGUCUCCCACAGCUGCGUCUGCCUCCCCGUUCUCCCCUGGCUCUGGUUCCUCUGACGGAAGACGGGGUAGAGGGCGGCCACGCGGCACAGGCAGCCGCCAACUCCUUGCGGCUCUCGGUAACAAACAAACCCCCCCAAUUGCUUGUUCCCUUGAUUUCCUCCUCUCACAUUUUUGUUUCUUGUUGGUUUUUGGAGGAGAAUGCUUUACUUUCUCAGCUGGAGGGGGCUUUACACCCCAUGUCGUCACCAUUGCUACAGGGGAGGAUGUUGUUGGAAGAAUUCGUUCCUUCUCGGAAAAGGGUCCACGGGCUGUUUGUAUACUCUCUGCAAAUGGAUCUAUCUCCAAUGCUACCCUGCACCAGCCGGGUUCUUCCGGCGGUACCUUGACAUAUGAGGGUCGAUUUGAGAUCCUUUCUUUGUCUGGGUCAUUCUCAACCACUGCUACUCAGGGUGUGCGGAAUAGGACUGGUUUGAUAAGUGUAUCGCUCGCUGGGCCUGAUGGCCGUGUCAUUGGCGGAGGAGUUGCUGGUUUGUUGCUCGCUGCUAGUCCAAUUCAAAUGAUUGUUGGAAGCUUCAAACCAAACACUUUCAAGAAUCAACAGGCAAAACCCAGCCAGCCAGCAGAACUUGCAACCUUUCCAGUGAUUACAAGUUUAACCGCUGCAAGGCCUAUUUCGCAGGCCAACCCCGAUGAUGACUGCGAGACACCCACCUCAUCCUUACAUGGACAAAACCGCUCCGAGAACAGUGUGCGCGAUCCCAUUCUGAGCACUAUUCUCCAUCAGACCAGCAGUUGGCAUGGUCUGCAAUCCCCAGACCACAAGCCUUCCCCAGAUAUUAACAUACGUCUACAUGGAGAAUAGGGCUAAGCUACUUUGGCACUAUCACACUCUUCUAACAUGAUCGAUAAGUGACUUAUUUUCUCAGAUGCUAGGUUAGGGAAAGCUCAGCAGGUUGCUGUCACUCCCAAAUGAUUGUGAUUGUUUUACAUGUGGAAGCUUGAGGAUACUCGCAUUUGUUUGGGGAUUUCGUUUGGCUGUAAGCUGUACUCCUGAUUGAUUAUUUUGAAUUUUGUGUUGUUUCUUCAUGUUUACCUAUAUCUCAAUCUGUUGAACAUCACCUUCUUGUGAUAUUCUAUGUCAUUGUAACUCCUUUGCAAACAUCACAUA